UACGUCCAGGACAAUUGGCAAAAAAUGAUCGAUAGGUUCGGAUUGGGGGAAAGAAAUUUGGGCAGACUUAUUCCAUCUGUUACCGACAGAUUUACUACUGAGGAUAGGCUGAAAGAGAUGAAUGACUUCUUUGCCAAAUUUCCGGAGGCCGGAGCAGGAGCUGCUGCUCGGAAACUGUUUCCAAUAAUAUAAAAUGGUUAAAAGUUAACAAAGACGGUGUUGCAAAAUGGUUGAACGAGAG